GUUACAGCUGCACCCACUACAAACAUCACUGGUAGAUUGACAUCAACUGUUACAGCUGCACCCACUACAAACAUCACUGGUAGAUUGAUAUCAACUGUUACAGCUGCACCCACUACAACUGUCAAUGGAGCAUCAACAAUAACUGGUGAACCCACUACGACCGUUACUGGUGCAUCAACAAUGGCUACAGCUGAUCCCAUUACAACUGGUGAGCGCACUACAAUAAUCACUGGUGUGUCGACAACACCUGGUGAACGCACUACAACCUUAAUUGGUUGGUUGGGAACAGCUGGUGAACCCACUUCAACCGUCACUGGUGUGUCGUCAACGAGUGGUCCAUCAACAACUACUGCUACAGCUGCACCCACAACAACUGUCACUAGCGCAUCAAAUGCCAGCCCAACUACAACAGCUACUCCUGUCAUCACUACUGCCAUCAUCACAGCCACAACAGCUGCAACCACCGCUGCUGCAAUCACUAGGGUUCCUGUGGUGUUCCGGUCCAGAGAGACAUUUACCUCUGACCUAUUAAACACAUCAUCUCAGGCCUUUCAAAGCCGAGCAUUACUGAUUAAAACUCAGCUUGAACCUUUCUAUCGAACAGCUUUCACCUCUUUCAACAGUUUGACUGUGACAGAAUUCAGCUCUGGAUCCAUCAUCAAUACUGUAAAUGUAGCAUUCAGCUCCUCCUCCGUCCCUAAUAUCACAGAGAUUGGCACUGUUUUGAUAAAUGCUGAGCAUAACAUCACAGCUUUGGACAUUGACCCCUCCUCAGUGACAGUCAACAGCACAGCUGCUCCUGCAACAAGUACUGUUCCUCCUACAACUUCUGUUACUACCACUGUGGCUGGUGCUACCACCGCAACAACUGGAGAACCUGUCACUGUUCCUGCUACCGUUCCUACAACUAGGCCCACAACUACAACCACUACAUAUGUGGCCCCCACAACUACAGUGUCAAGGACAACAUCACCACUGUCAACAACUACCAGCACAGCUCCAACUACCACAACAACCAACGCACCAGCCACUACUACUACAACACCUACUACUACUACUAGUACAACAAUAACUACAACUGCACAUCUUCAACCUGCUCCACUGGUGUCUUUCGUCAUACAACAAGUGUUUGUAGAAGCUUUAAAUGACCCUCAAAGUACACAAUUCCAAGAACUUGCAGUAACUAUUACUGCAGUGUUUGAUGUGAUCUACAAAGCAAAAUAUGGGAUCUUUUUCAUCCGGACGACUGUUCUUGGAUUCAGACCUAUUUUCCGUUCCCGUAUGGAUGCAGAAACACAGGCAGAGGUCCAACUAGUGUUCAAUGAGACCUCCACUCAAUCUGUCCCUGAGGUUACUGACAUUAGCAAUACACUGAAAGAGGCUGUGACCAAUCCAAACAUUACCUUUGGCAACCUCUCUGUGGAUGUUACCACCGUCACUGUUAAAGUGCCCACCACAAAUGCCAACACAACUACAAUGGCUACUCCUGUCAUCACGACUUCCAUCAUCACAACUACAACCACUGAAACUGCCGCUGUGGCACUCACUAAGUUGACUGUGGUGUUCCGGUCGAGAGGAGAGACGUUUACCUCUGACCUAUCAAACACAUCUUCUCAGGCCUUUCAAAGCCGAGCAUUACUGAUUAAAACUCAGCUUGAACCUUUCUAUCGAACAGCUUUCACCUCUUUCAACAGUUUGACUGUGACAGAAUUCAGCUCUGGAUCCAUCAUCAAUACUAUGAAUUUAGCAUUCAGCUCCUCCUCUGUCCCUAAUUCCAUGGAUAUUGGCACUGUUUUAAUAAAUGCUGCCCAAAAAAUCACAGCUUUCAACAUUGACCCCACCUCAGUGACAGUCAACAGCACAGCUGUGACCUCAAGUGGAGGAAGCAGCAAGACCAGUCUCUUCACUGCAUUCUUUCUGGUGGUUCUGUCGCUUCUACUGUCCAGCCAGCAUUAGUCUCAGUGGUAACGCCUACUAAAAACACUCACUGGCAAGCAGCAGAACGAAAUAGUGUUGGUAGUCACAUUUUCAUUUUGAGAACUUCCCACACAUUCCAACCCCUGACCCAAUUCCACCCAUGAUUUAAAUAGUGUCCAAAAAUGAAAUGAAGUCUUGUAAGCUGACAUAAGAUACAGUAUAUGUGGCCGUUGAAUACAACGAUGUGAUAUAAUUAAUGCCUUUUCAGUCAAAAUGUGUAAGUGCUUGGGUUUCCAUCAGAAGUCAAUGUUAUUUUCAUGCAAUGACAAAGCAUGUUGAAUUUAAUAUGCACUUAUUUUUGAUUCACUCUGUUGCUGAUAUGAACUAAUGAGAGCAAUAUUAUAUUUCUAUAAUAUAUUUAUAAUAUAUAUUUAUGAAUAUAUAUUUAUAUAUAUUUUGACUUAACCAGUGAAGUCUGGAUAACUGAUUUAAAUAAGGCCCUUUGGAGCAAAAUGUUCAACAAUUUAAACUAUUAUCAAUGUAGUCUUCAUCAUGUAUAACUAUCUAUUAUACCAAUUCAUGUAAUUCUGUUAUCAAUAGUCCUGAUAUUAUGCCAGUGUAAGGUUGUAUGCUUUUUCUGGAGGUAUACAAUCCUUAAUAUGUGUCUUACUGUCGUUGAGAUUCAGGCCAUUGUAGUGUUUACUAUUUGUUGACUGAAAGAGUGGAUUGUAUGACAAGUUUCAGUAUGGCUCCAAUUGUGAUGUUUAUCUAACUAUCUGGCUUUACAAAACUGGAACAACAAGACUACACUAGAUCAGACCCACAGGCCCACAUGAUACACAGUGAGGGAGUGGUGUGUACCACUGGUCUGGACAGCAGUUAGUUUGUUGGUGCAAUAUUCACUCUCCCAAAGAUCGAGCUUUGAUUGGUUCUCACAUGCGAGAUAUUUGCAUGCAAAAUGUUCCUCACUUCCUAGUCAGUUCACCUCGCCCCAACUAGAGAUAGACAAACAGGUAGCUAGUUCAUGAUUCUUUCAUUUUGAAAAGGGGAUACCAGCGUAGCAUGCCACUUCGUUAUCAAUGCAACGUGCCUACAACAUCAUAGAUGUGUUUCUUUCGCCAGACUAACACUAGAUGCCAUUUCAUAAUAAUCGCUCAGGUUAACCGGUGACUGUAGAUGUAAAGCGUACAAUAUCUCUGAAAAACUAAGAGUGUAAUGAUAGGAAAUAUUUUGUGUUAUUUCCUUGCAUUUAAUAGGAUUAUACUGUGUGUGUGUGUGUGUGUAAGUACUGUACCUAUUUUCAUAUUUAUAAUGUAUCCGUAGUAUUUAUAUUCAAUUAUAAACUGGGUGGUUCGAGCCCUGAAUGCUGAUUGGCUGACAGCCGUGGUAUAUCGUAUACCACGGGUAUGACAAAACAUAGUUACGAUGUUUGGGUCGUGAUUACCAAUGCUAUGUAUAACAUAAACACUGUUGGACAUAUUUGAAUUAUAACCACGCUAAAUACCA